AUGCAAGCUCGCCAAGAGAGUGCGCUUCGGCGCAUGGAGCAAGAUUAUGACAGCCGAAUGGAGGAGCAGGUAGAAGACCUGCGCGACAAAAUGCGGCUACUGCAGGUGGACAGGAAAAGCAACAUCGAUCUCCUCGAAUCAAGCAAACAGACCAACAAGGACUACAUCCGGCAGCUCAAGAAUGAAAACCGAGACCUUCGCAAAGCCCUGGCGGACCUCAAGCGAUCAACCUCAUCAGCAGAGAUUGCAACGGCGAUGCAGCAUCUAAACAAGGUUCGAAAACAGCAUGACGACUUGCGGCAUCGCGUGCAGUCCCAGUCAACACUACUGGAGGAGCUGAAAGAUGUGGUGAAAGAUCUCGAGCUUGAAUCCAAGAAGCCUAGCUUGGAGGACACGCCGGAGACGCGCAAGAUCCGAAUGCUGGAGAAUCGACUGGACAAGGCUAUGAUCAAAUUCAACGAGGCGCAAAGUAUCCGGAAAACGUAUGAACAGAUAGUGAAGCGUCUCAAGGAUGAACGCAUUGGCUUCGAUAAUCAACUGGCGGCUAUCGAGCGAGCACUCGCUACCAAGCAACACGAUUAUGAAGAACUGGUGUUGCUCUCGGCAGACGCGUCUCACGCACGAGAAACGAUUUUAAUGGAGUUGGAGAAGGCCCGCAGUCAACAUGAAGAUGAGAAGCGCCAUCGCGAGAAGGAACUCCGGGAAAAGCAGCAGUACGUGAAGAUUCGUCUCGAAAUGACAAAUAGGUUAGACAAGCGGGAGAAGCACAAGGGCGCCGUAGUAGCGCGUGAAUCGGGAGACUUGAGCUUCGAAGGCGAAAGUCAGUUGAAGGCGUCUCUGAUGGCCACCAUGAUGCAGCAGGGUGUUGCCGGUGAGGAGAAGAAGGAGCACCGCAGUAAGAUCGACAUUUUCGAGAGCGCGUUCCGCAAGAUCAAGGAGGCGACAGGCGUGAGCGACGUGAACGAGGUUAUCCAGAAGAUCACCAGCCAGGAGAGCACAACGGACAACUUGCUGAACCUGUCGAAGGAGAACCAGACACGUCUCGAGCGUCUGCAAGCAGAACACGCCGUGUUGAAGGCGCGUGUCGAGGAGCUCAAGUACAGCGGCUCGGGUGGCGGUCACCGCAGGAAGCUUGUGGAUGAUCACGAACAGAAUUUGGUGUUGGCCAGCACAAAGCUGGAACGAGCCAAACUCAAAUACGAGCGGUUGGCCAAGGUACUUAUCGGUGUCAAGGCUGGCGUCGAGCACCUUGUGGACAAGAUGGAGAGCGUGCGCGAAGACGACCAGGUUAUCGUCGUGACAGAUGAAACCAUUGUGGAGGCGUUGCAGGAGAGCGAGAUCACUCUGACUCAUUUGUUGAGCCAGAUCAAGCUCAUCGGAGCUGCUGCGCACUCGUCGACCCCGAGCUUGAUAGACUCGUCGGCAAUGGGGCAGCAGAAGAAGGUGAUCGCAAAGCGGCCGUCACUGAAGAACGUGACUGGCGGCAACCUGAUACCGGAAGGGCUUGGCUUGGAUGCCGACAUCCUCGUCGCUCGACCAUACAACCAGCGAAUCGCGUUGCCGGGCACCGAUGGUCUCACUGCAGAGGAGCUGGAGAUGGACGAUACGGGAGGCGCUGGCACCAAUGGCACCAUGCUUCUCGACGACACAGAGGAGGCUUUGAGCCGCGACCGGGUGAAGCGAGCAUCGACCCAGGUCAUCAUGGCGCAGGACAAGAAGAAGAAGCGCGUGCUCAAGAAGAAGUUCAAAGAGAGUGGCAACGACUCCUCCGACGAGGAAGGCGGCCCCAUUGGCUCCAGCGCCAACGUCCUGGGGUCAGGAGCCAACCAAGCGGAUGGAUCCUCGCGCGGUCCUCUCACACAGCGAACACUAUCCCCCAAGAAGAAAUAA